GCAUUAAACGCCGCUCGAACGUUCCGUCAUGUAGACCAGGAAAUACUCGCGAGUACAAAGCAUUUUACUUUCGAUUUUGACCGUAGAGCGUCGUUCAUUUCUUAUUUGAACAAGUUUAUUAUACAUUUCCCAGCGUCUGAAGGUGAAAUCAUGAGGCUCCUCGUCUGCGCACUUCUCCUCGGUCUGCUCUGCCUCCUGGACCCUUCGACGGCCAAAGAAUCUCCGCCCAAGGUUCAGGUGUACAGCCGCGUACCAGGAGAGUACGGGAAAAACAACACCAUCGUCUGUCAUGUAAGUGGCUUCCAUCCACCAGAAAUCAGAAUUGAACUGCUAAGGAAUGGGGAGGAAAUACCUAAAGCCACGCAGAGUGACCUGGCCUUCGAGGAGAACUGGCACUACCACCUGACCAGACACGCGUCCUUCACCCCAAAGGAGGGAGAGGUGUUCAGUUGCCGUGUGACUCACAUGGGGAACAGGAGGCAAUACCACUGGGAACCAGAUAUGUAAGCUCAGUGCUCCACCUUGCUCCAGAUGAGCGUUAUCUUAAGAAGAUGAAGAAGAUUGGAAUGUUCUAUACCUGUGGACUUCAUUGUGAAUAUUUUAUGCUGCUCCUCCAGUUCAUACACAUUUUAUCUCCCUGUUUUCCCCUUGUCAGACACAGUGGCUCAAAGUUUGAUCUUGGACAGGAAAUGUCUCGUCAGUUGUGAACAUGUGAUGUGGGUGUGGCCUCACAAAAACAACAUGGCACAAACUUUACUAUUUACGGGGAGUGACUUGAUUUGAUUUCAUUUUUAAAAGAAAAAUAUUGGUUCACAGAGCUUUAUGAUUAAAUGUUUUUGAUAAUGAUUGGAACUGUAAUGUUCCUAUGUGCGUUUGAUGCUUCAUCUAUAAAGGCUAAGAGACUUUCAUCUGGUCUGUUCUCAUUAGUUAAUUAAUUUAGAACUAAAGUACAUUGUUCUUUAACUAUCUUUAACUAUGCACAUGCUUAUUAAGAGAGGAUAAAGCUUCUUAUUUUUCAGUUGGGAUUUAUUAUACAGAAUGACUCUGAACCUGAGCACUUGCUUAUAUUGUGUUUAUGCUGUGUUUCUGAGUUUAUCAGCUAGAAACUGGUAGAUCUCAGUUUGACAUCAAAUAUUUGGCUUGUACCAACUGCAAAUUUAUUUUAUACAUUAUGUUGAUCAAUUCAAGUGUUUGGUUUUUUUUCUUUAAAUUAAAGAAAUUUGGAAAUAAA